AUGGCAGUCUUCCCGCCCUUGCAGGAGAAAGGAGAGGACGCUGUGGGCCCGCAGGGCAAGGUUGCUUCCAUCCAUCCAGAAUGCAAGAUUUUCCAGCAGGUUAUGAAAGAUGAGGCUCAGUGUUUAGGAAAAAACCACUCUCUUUCACCAGAUUUUACAGGGUGCGCCGGUGUUUGGGACGGGCUGAGCUGCUGGCCGCAAGCCACCUUUGGAGAGGUUGUGACAGUCUCGUGUCCAGGAUUUUUUGAAGAAAUCACCAAUAUACAAGGGUUCCUACACAGAAAUUGUACGCCGGGAAAUUACUGGUCUGAGCCAUUCCCACCAUACUCUGUUGCCUGUGGAUUUGAAGACAGUUUAACAAAAGGACCAGAAGAUCAGAAAUCAUACUAUUCAGCAUUCUGGUACAUCUACACCACCGGCUAUGCAACAUCUCUGGUUUCGCUCUUUACUGCUCUUCUCAUCUUUACCUUAUUUCGAAAAUUCCACUGCACCCGGAAUUACAUUCACACACAUUUGUUUGUCUCGUUUAUCCUGAGGGCAGCGGCCAUUUUCACCAAAGAUGCCAUUUUGUUCUCAGAUGACAGCAUGGACCACUGCCUGAUGUCAACAGUGCUGUGCAAGGCUGCCGUAGCUUUCUUCCAGCUCAGCAUUUUAGCCAACUUCUUUUGGCUGUUGGUUGAAGGCCUGUAUCUGCAAACCUUGCUGAUCUUGACCUUUGUGUCUGACAAACAGUACGCAUGGAAGUUCGUCCUGAUCGGUUGGGGUGCUCCCCUGACCAUUACAUCAGCAUGGAUUCUGGCCAGAAUUUACCAGCAGAACACUGGAUGCUGGGAUGAUGAGGAAGAGAGCUCUGCUGUGCUGUGGAUUAUCAAGGGACCCAUCUUGUUUACAGUAUUGGUGAACUUCAUUAUUUUCCUGAACGUCAUUCGAAUUUUGGUACAGAAAUUAAAAUCUUCAGAGGCUGGAGGAAGACAUCCAAGGCAUUUCGUGAGACUGGCAAAAUCCACUCUAUUCCUCAUCCCUCUCUUUGGGGCACAUUAUGUUGUCUUUGCCUUCUUUCCGGAGGGUACUGGGACGGAUGCCAGAUUGUACAUUGAACUCGGCUUGGGCUCUUUUCAGGGCUUUUUUGUUGCCCUUCUGUAUUGUUUCUUGAACGGAGAGGUCCAGACUGAGUUCAAGAAGCACUUGCGCAAGUGGCACUACCAACAUUACCUUAGCUUCACACGAAAGCAUCGGAGCCUCUCUGGAGACAACAGUCCAGUCAAUUAUGUCACACAGUUAUCCCUGCUGGACCGGCUCAGCCCCCAGAGGAGCAACUGUCAGAAUGGCUCCUCCUCUGUCUGA